AUGCGAACAUUAGAAUGGGAUAAUGUGGGAUUGAAAGUCGAUGUUCGGCAGUUACACCAUUUUCGUUUUGUUGAUGCCAUCGUCCUUAUAACACCAAACAUUUGCCAAGCGGAACAUAUGCUUGCUGACUUUGGUAAAGCCUGUGGAAAGGUUGGUCUUCGACUGAAUCUCACAAAAACGAUUUUCAUAGAGAAGGGAUUGGCUUCGUAUGCCCUAUUUACUCUCAACGGAACGAAUAUCUUCGAAUGUUCCAAUUAUGUCUAUCUAGGUCGGGAAAUCACUAUGAUGACCGAUUUAGCUCCAGAGCUAAGUUGA